AGAUAUUUGUGUUCUAUUAUUCUCUCUCAUAGUUCGAUCUUAUCCACUAUUUGAACUAGGAGUUAUCGUUGUCGUCAUUGUCAUUCAUUCAGUCAUCAUCAUCAACACAUUGUCAACCCCAGCGACCUUUCCCCGCCAGAGUGAGCGAUAGACACUUCGACUCUUUGCACGCUGCUCCAUCGUACUCCAUCUUCUUGCGUGCAGAACUUCAUAAUCUCAACAUUCAAUUGCCUUCUCCUUCUCCUUCUCCUACUGAAUCUCGCCUCCUCCAUGACAUCUAUGGAGAAGUCAGGCUUUGGCCGCGAUGGUAUCUACAGAUCUCUCCGGCCAUCCCUUGUACUCCCCAAGGACCCCUACUUCUCCAUGAUACCAUUCCUUUUCAGGCACUCCUCCUAUCCACACAAGCUCGCGCUCGCCGACGCCCAUUCCGGCGAAAGCUUGACGUUUGCGCAGCUCAAGUCCAUGGUUGCCAGGGUCUCUCAUGGCCUUACUCAAUUGGGUAUCAAGAAAGGAGACGUCGUGCUUAUUCUCUCUCCCAAUUCAAUCAAAUUCGCUCUUUGUUUCUUCGGAAUUGUCGCGAUCGGCGCCGUCGCGACCACCGCGAAUCCAAGUUUCACGGUUUCGGAGCUAUCCAAACAGGUGAAGGAUUCUAACCCCAAACUUGUGAUAACUAUUCCCGAAUUGUGGGAAAAAGUCAAAGGGUUUCGUCUUCCGGUUGUAAUUUUGGAAUCUCAAGGUUCUUCAAAUAGUAUUGUCUCAAAGUCUGAUAGAAUCGCGUUUUUCUCCGAAUUGAUUGGGAUUUCCGGGCCGGCACCGGAUCUUCCAAGAGCUUCCGCGAAGCAAACCGACACGGCGGUACUUCUAUAUUCCUCGGGCACGACGGGAAACAGCAAAGGGGUAAUUCUGACGCAUAGGAAUUUCAUUUCAGCGUCGCUAAUGUCAGCGUCUGACCAAGAUUUCGCCGGCGAGAUGCACAAUGUAUUCGUCUGUUUGGUUCCGAUGUUCCAUGUGUUUGGGCUCGCGCUUAUUUUGUAUUCGCAGCUGCAGCGAGGCAAUGCGGUGGUGUCAGUGCCGAAAUUCGAGCUCGAGAUGCUUUUGAGGGCGGUUGAGAAGUAUAGGGUGACAAAUUUGUGGGUUGUUCCUCCAAUUAUACUUGCUCUGGCAAAGCAGAGGGAGCUCCUCAGGAAGUAUGAUCUUUCGUCAUUGAAGCAGGUGGGUUCUGGCGCUGCGCCUUUGGGGAAGGAUCUAAUGGAGGACUGUGCGAAGAGCAUUCCUCAGGCAAUGGUCCUUCAGGGCUAUGGCAUGACAGAAACUUGUGGUAUUAUUGCAUUGGAGAAUCCGAUGAUUGGUGGUCGACAUUCUGGUUCAACUGGGAUGCUCUCCCCAGGAAUUGAAGCUCAGAUAGUAAGUGUAGAAAAACUGAAGCCUCUUCCUCCUAAUCAGUUAGGGGAAAUAUGGGUUCGAGGACCUAAUAUGAUGCAAGGCUAUUUGAACAAUCCGCAGGCCACCAAGCAAGCUAUAGAUAAAAAAGGUUGGGUACAUACAGGAGAUCUUGGGUAUUUUGAUGAUGUAGGACGACUCUAUGUUGUUGACCGUAUUAAAGAGCUCAUCAAGUACAAAGGCUUUCAGGUUGCACCGGCUGAGCUUGAAGGGUUGCUUGUUUCUCACCCUGAAAUAGUAGAUGCUGUCGUCAUCCCAUUUCCUGAUGCCGAAGCUGGUGAGAUCCCAGUUGCAUAUGUUGUCCGCUCACCCAACAGUUCUCUGACUGAAGAAGAGAUUCAGACAUUCAUUUCAAAUCAGGUUGCACCGUUCAAAAGACUGCGAAAGGUGACAUUCAUAAACAGUGUCCCCAAGUCAGCUUCAGGGAAGAUCCUCAGAAGAGAGCUUAUUGAGAAAGUCCGAGCUAAACUGUAAAGCUUAUCAAUCAUCAGCUUGUUUUGCUACAGAUUUUAUGAUUAUUUAUCUGUCUGUUAGUUGUGUAAUUACAACCGUCUAUCCUCUCAUAUAAAAAGAAUGACCUACCAAUUCUAACCUUUCAA